ACAUUUGUAAAAAUAAUUUUAAGAAAUUGCCGCACCCUUCAAUUUUAAUAAGUUAAUUUUGACUAAUAAUUUCUAAUAUACAUAGGUAUAAAAUAUACUGAACGUGUCGUUUUUUUCUAUAAAAACGAAUAAUUUUUCUUUUCUAUGGUUAGGUAUACGAAUUAUAAACACCUGGUUACAUAUAUUAGUUACAUUGUAAUCCAAGUAGUUUUGGUCUUUUCGCUAUUGUAUUUUAAUUUAUAAACACAUAACAUUUCUAAAAUUUAAUUGGAAAAAUAAUUUGUAUUUUUAAUGGAAUAUAUAAUGAAAAUUUCAUAAACUUUUAAGUUGACAGUUCCUACUGUCAGCUUUCAAAUUAUCGAUGAUGUUCGAUCCCAAUACCAUAACAACUCAACAAUCCCAAAUACAGUAUCAGCAACCGCAGCAGAAUGACAAGGAUAAAGAGCAAGGACAGAAGGACACGUUUGCACCAUUUUGUUACGCUAAUGUCAACAUGAUCCAUAAAAUUGCUCCCAAUACUACCCAAACCCAUAAUUCUACAGUUAACAUGUCUCAAUUAACAGAUGACAAGUGUUAUAUAACUCAACCAUUCAGUUAUAAUUAUACGCUCGUUAAUCAAAAUUUAUUAACUCAGAAUAUUACAUUUAAAUGUGAUGUGUGCGGUUUGAUGUUUGCUCAUCUUUCGUUGCUUAAUCAUCACAAGAAAGUUCAUCAUGGACAAAGUGACCAAAAUCAAGGGCAGCAGCAGCAGAUUACAGUCCAGGUUCAGCAACCACCACAGCAGCCAACUCAGAUUCAAAUAGUAUCAGCAGAUCGUAUAAGGUUUUCCUGCGAAGAAUGUGGUCUAACUUUCAACACACAACAUGACCUAAAAACACAUAAAAUUCAAUCACAUCAAUCACAAAAUCAGCAACAGCAGGUCCAAACUCAACCUCAACAGAAUACUCUAAAAAUUAAAAAUUGCGAAUCGUGUGGGGCGCCUCUUCCUCAAGAUAACAAUAAAAAGAGGGCCGUUAUGAAGGUUAAAUGUGAAAAUUGUCUUAGCGCCGAGGCAAUACAGCCACAAAUAUUCGUCGUAGCUGCAGCGCCUGAUGCGACUGUAAAGUAUGAAGAAACUACAGGGACACAAACACAGACACAAGCUCUUGGUACGCAAAAUACAAUACCAAUAGGAAUAAAAAAUAACCACCCGGUUAAAAGAAGGGGAGUAGCGAGCGUUACCAAAUGUACUAAAUGUAACGGUAGUGGGAUCAUCUUCAUUGGGGGCUCAAAAAAUCAACAAAAUAAUGUAGACAAGCCUUUCCAUUGUAAUAUUUGUAAUGGUUCAUUUAGCAGAUAUUCUUCUCUAUGGUCCCACAAACGUUUACACACGGGCGAAAAGAAUUUCAAAUGUAAUAUUUGUGGUUUAGCUUUUGCGAAAGCAGCAUAUCUUAAAAAUCAUUCAAGGAUACAUACAGGAGAAAAACCUUACAGAUGUAAUGUAUGCGGGAUGCAAUUUUCUCAAUCUCCUCAUCUUAAAAAUCACGAGAGGAUACACUCGGGAGAGAGACCGUAUAUCUGCGAAGUAUGUGACAAAUCCUUUGCUAGACAUUCUACACUUUGGAACCAUAGGCGGAUACACACUGGAGAAAAACCUUAUAGAUGUGAUAUUUGUGGUUCUUGCUUCAACCAAGCGACACACUUGAAGAACCAUGCCAAAGUCCAUUCAGGAGAAAAACCUUUCAAAUGCGAUAUUUGCUCUGUUGGAUUUUCAGAUAGAUUCGCUCUAAAACGACACCGAAAUAUCCACGAAAAAUAUGGCAGAACGAAACCUCAAAUUUCGUCAUCGAACAGUAACGACGCUCAAAAUAAUACUUCCUCCGAUUCGUUAACUUCCGCGGCGAACUUAGCGAAUGUAGUACAAGAAGCCGACCAUGAAGAAAUCGUUGAAACCAAAUAUGAACAAAAGUUCGAAAAUGUCGAAGGUAGCGACAUGGAAGAAGAUAUGACAGAUAUAUCGGAAUUGCAAGUUCAAUUGCAAUAAAAAGCAUUAGACUUACGUGUAAUCAAAUAUCAGAUUUUAUUUUUUUUAUAGAGAAAAGUGACUUGUGUUUAAAAUAAAACGUUUUUGAAUUGCUAAAUCGUUCAUCACAUCGUAGCAAAAUUAAUUAUAUAAUAAUUCCAAGAUGAAGCUAAAAACUUAAUUAGUGAUUUUGAAUUUAAUUAAUCUACAAAUUUCAUUUGAUGGGUUAUUUAUAACUAGAUAUAUCUUAAAGGAACAAAUAAAAUAUUCGGCGAGUGAAUAAUAUUAUGUAACAAAUUAAAAUGAAAUUGGUUUAUGUUAGAAAGGUGCAAACAAUUGCUUUGACAGUAAAUACAGUUUCUAAAA